AUGACUGAGUUUGAUGAAGAAGUCAAGAAGCACGUCAAGUCAGUAUGCGACAAGAACGUCGGGUGGGUCAUCGAUCAGGUGUCAAGAGGGGAACAAUCGUUAUGGUUGAGAAGGUCUGCCAAGAUGGAGGAUGCAACAGUCAAUGGUCACAUAGUCUUCGAGAUUGGACUGACUCUGGCUCCGCCACUCAUUACAUUGUCAACUUAUGGUCAUGACGUACCACUCAAUGUUUCAGAGCAGACAGACAAUGUGACA